CCUCCUGCUCAGCAACCUCCUGCUCAGCAACCUCCUGCUCAGCAACCUCCUGCUCAGCAACCUCCUGCUCCGCAACCCCCUGCUCAACAGCCCCCGGCACAGCAACCUCCCGUUGAGCAGCCUCCUGCUGCCCUAAUUCCUCCUGCAGAGCGGCCUCAGGCACAGCAACCUCCUGCUCAACAACCUCCGGCUCCAUGUCCUACAUGCUCCGAGUCGGUUGUUCAACAGCCUCCUGCCCAGCAACCCCCGGCACAGCAACCCCCAGUUGAGCAGCCUCCUGUUGCCCUGAUUCCUCCUGCAGAGCGGCCUCCGGCACAGCAACCUCCAGUUGAGCAGCCUCCUGCGGCCCUAAUCCCUCCUGCAGAGCAACCUCCGCAACAACAGCCCCCGGCACAACAGCCUCCUGCCGAGCAACCUCCUUACCAGCAGCCUCCUGCCGAGCAACCUUCUUACCAGCAGCCUCCGGCAGAGCAACCUCCUUACCAGCAGCCUCCGGCAGAGCAACCUCCUUACCAACAGCCCCCUGCCGAGCAACCCCCUGCUCAGCAGCCUCCAGCUCCAUGCCCUACAUGUUCUCCUCAGCCAACUACGACUUUAACGGAGACAGCUAAGGGGCAACCGCGCAGCCCGGCGCUCCGAAGGCUGCUGAAGGUAAACCUGUUGAGGCCCAGCCUGCUGGAGGUAAACUUGCUGGAGGAAAACCUGUUGAAGUUAAGCCUGCUGAAGUCAAGCCUGCGGAAGGCAAGCCUGCUGAAGUCAAGCCUGCGCAAGGUGAACCUGCGGAAGCGAAACCCGCUCAAGGCAAACCUGCUGAAGUCAAGCCUGCUGAAGUCAAGCCUGCUGAAGUCAAGCCUGCUGAAGGCAAACCUGCUGAAGGCAAACCUGCUGAAGGCAAACCUGCUGAAGCUCAGCCCGUACCACCGCAACCUGCCGCUGCGAAACCUGCAGAGGCCCAACCCGCUCCCGAGCAGCCGCAGAAGCCCGCUGAAGCACGACCUGCUGAAGCUCAGCCAGUACCGCCGCAACCUGCUGCCGCGAAACCUGCUGAAGCUCAACCUGUUCCCGAGCAACCUCAGCCUCCGCAGAAGCCCGCUGGAGCACAGCCGGCUCCCGAGCAACCUGAGCAACCUGAGCAGCCCGAGCAGCCCGAACAGCCACAGAAGCCUGCACAAGCACAGCCGGCUCCUGAACAACCUCAGCAGCCCCAACAGCCGCAGAAACCCGCAGCAGAAAAACCGGCUGAAGCAAAGCCGGCUCCCGAGCAACCUCAGCAGCCCGAGCAACCUGAGCAGCCCGAGCAACCUGAGCAACCUGAGGAACCUGAGCAGCCCGAGCAGUCCGAACAGCCACAGCAGCCCGCAGCAGCAAAACCUGCUGAAGCACAGCCGGCCCCGGAGCAACCUCAGCAGCCCGAGCAGCAGCCACAGAAGCCUGAAGAAGCGCGGCCUGCUGAACAGCCCGCUCCUGAACAGCCCGCUCCUGAACAGCCCGCUCCUGAACAGCCUGCUGCCGCGAAACCCGCCAUGGCCCAACCCGCUCCUGAGCAGCCUCAACAGCCCCAGAAACCCGCCGAGGCCCAGCCCAACGCUCCCGAGCAGCCCGAACAGCAGCCCGAGCAGGCAGCUCCAUCACCACAACCUCAACAACCGGCUCCGGCCCAGCCCGCUGCUCCAACGGCUGAAAUCGGCCCGCCAGCAGAAGCAGCCGCGGCACCACCACCAAACGAGCAGCAGUCGCCGCCGCCGCCGCCUCCUCCUGCUGAAGAAGAAGAAGAAGAGUCACAACCACCCGGUACCAGCCCAGCACCUCCUCCGCCGCCGGCGAAGGAAGAAGAAGAAGAAGGAGAAGAAGGGGAAGUAG